GUUGCCACGGUGACAACCCCCCACAACGAGGACGAGGACAACGACUGUCUCCCUGGUGUGAAGGAGCAGGAGGAGCAGAGAGGCCAGGAUGGCGGCUCUCUAGCCCAGGGAGGAGGGCCUUUGGUGGGGAAGGCUUGCCAGGCGAGCAGGGGGCCCAGGCCCAUGGCUCCCCUGUGGAAGGCCAUGCUGUCUAAAAGCAGCCCUCUGUACAGAGACUCUCUGUUCUCCUUCUCUCUGUGGGAGAGCCGGGUCCAGGAGAGAGAACUGGCCCUGUAUAGAAAACACACUGAAAGAGAGAGAAGGGCCCUGCACAGGCAGAUGGAAAAGUAAGGCAGAAAGAAGCAUACAUUUAUUUUUGUAGUAAAGUGAGAGUGAUAGUAAUAGCUAACUGUGUACUAUACAGCAAGUCCUUCAGAAGAGAAGCCGGUGUGUGUGUGUGUGUGUAUGUGUGUAGAGGGAUCAGCCUGGGACAGGUUUAGAUUGGUGAGUUGACCUUCACUCAGGGUGCUGCAAUCAAUUCAUUCAUUCAGCUGAGGGGGAAUAGCCUGUGUGUGUGUGUGUGUGUGUGUGUGUGUGUCUAUCACGUUCUCUUUGUUAUGAUUACAUGUAUGCAUCGCACAUGUUUGUCUCGUGUCCAAACUUACCAUAUAUGAUCUUGAGUUAAUGUGCCAGUCAGUGGUCACCUACUGUAUGUGUCUGUGUUGAUCCCUGCCUGUCUGUGUCUCUGUGUCUGUGCUGAUCCCUGCCUGUCUGUGUCUCUGUGGCUGUGUUGAUCCCUGCCUGUCUGUGUCUCUGUGUCUGUGCUGAUCCCUGCCUGUCUGUGUCUCUGUGUCUGUGUCGAUCCCUGCCUGUCUGUGUCUCUGUGUCUAUGUCGAUCCCUGUCUGUCUGUGUCUGUGGGCAGUAAGCAGCUUCAGGAAGGAUCAGAUCACCAAGCCUCUUUCUCUGUCUGUACAGGACAGAACAGGACAGCUAAUAGCUUAAUCAUGCUUUGUUUUCUGCAUCUGUUAGCAUUCGGUGGUGGUGUGACAAUGCAGAAACUGCUUACUGUACAUCUUGACAUCUCUGCUACUGAAAAGCCUAGAGAGCAGGUGUAUGGUCAUACGUUUGCAAGGACAAGAUCACUGAGUGUCUCCCUCUUUGUUUGUGUACAGGCUGAGUAAGGAGCUCCAACAGAAGGAUAAGGUGAUCGAGUCUCUCCGUGCCAAACUCACCCAGCAUCAGCCUCGUUCUGACACACCAUACAGUAGCCACGCCCUCUCUGACACCACCGACCAAUCAGAUCACAUCUCCUUUGUGUCCGAUGAGCAGGGCUCCACCAAUGAGGACCUGGAGCUGUGCUCAGACAUUGACGCAGCCAGCGAGUAUGGCCAGAAGGACAGAGGUGCCUCCACUAGAGCCAGUACAGGUAAAUGUGACCCACCUGGAUUCGGUCCUAUGUAGCAACAUUUGAAAUUGUGUUUUUUAUAUUGGAUUAAAGUAGAGACUCAGAGCUAGAAAAUAGUAUAUCAUACACUGCAGUUAAGGAUCAAUAGGAAAGUAAUUCUGCUUUGAAAGUUGAUAAACCUGUAACUCCACGUUUGACAAAAUGGUCCUUGAAUGUUUUGGUACACCUACUGGAGAGCUCUUCUUUGUCUACACCAUUCAGCAUCGUUCACACCCACUUAAGCCUUAGCCCCACCCAUCUCUUUAAGGAUUCACAUGUGAGGCCAUGUGCUAAACAAAUCAAAUCAAAUUUUAUUUGUCACAUACACGUGAUUAGCAGAUGUUAUUGCGGGUGUAGAGAAAAGCUUGUGCUUCUAGCUCCGACAGUGCAGUAAUAUCUAACAAUUUCACAACAUAUACCCAAUACAAACAAAACUAGUAAGGAAUGGAAUUUAAGAAUAUACACAUAUAUGGACAAGCAAUGACAGAGCGGCAUGGACUAAGAUACAGUAUAAUAUUAUAGAAUAGAAUGCAGUAUAUACAUAUGAGAUGAGUAGUGCAAGAUAUGAUAACAUUAUUAAAGUGACUAGUGUUCCAUUUCUUAAAGUGGCCAGUGAUUUCAAUAGGCAGCAGCAGCCUCUAAUGUGCUAGUGAUGGCUAUUUAACAGUCUGAUGGCCUUAAGAUAGAAGCUGUUUUUCAUUCUCUCGGUCCCAGCUUUGAUGCACCUGUACUGACCUCGCAUUCUGGAUGAUAGCGGGGUGAACAGGCUGUGGCUCGGGUGGUUGAUGUCCUUGAUGAUCUUUUUGGCCUUCCUGUGACAUCGGGUGCUGUAUGUGUCUUGGAGGGCGGGUAGUUUGCCCCCGGUAAUGCGUUCGGCAGACCGCACCACCCUCUGGAGAGCCAUGCGGUUGUGGGUGGUGCAGUUGCCAUACCAGGCGGUGAUACAGCCCGACAGGAUGCUCUCAAUUGUGCAUCUGUAAAAGUUUGUGAGGGUUUUAGGUGCCAAGCCGAAUGUCUUCAGCCUCCUGAGGUUCAGCCUCCUCAACUUUCAAACAGAGUAAUUAGUGUAGUAAACAACCAAAGAUAUCAAGACUAAAAAGUGUAAAAGUAGUAGCCUACAAUAAGGAAAAACUCCACGUAAAAUUACACUUUAUCUAGUCCUUGGCCUAUAUCCUAAUCUGACUUUGGUGCAGGUCAUGUUGUUCUUCACAUUACCGUCUCUGGUAAACACACACUAUAUCAAAUAAAAUCUAAGUUUAUUUGUCACAUGCACAGGAUACAGAAGGUGUAAACGGUACAGUGAAAUGGUUACUUGCAUAUUUGCAUAGUAGCAAUAUCAAAAACAGAAAGUGUCCAGAUAAUUAUUAGAUGACGCUUACCCAGACAUUAUGCUAUAACCACCCCCCAGCCACAUCUAGCAAAGUAGAUGGGUCACUAUUGUCUAGACAUGUACACAUGUUCAUGAAAUACAAUAGAUGGCCGUAAUCACCCCCAGACACACCUGGCUAACUUGAUGGGUCAUGUAGUCAUCUGGUGCAGUGGAGUCUUUUGUUUAAACAUGUAGCUAGCUAGCUAGCUAAACAAUGAACCGACAUAAUCUCAACUCAUACUACUAACAAUACAAACUGAUUGUCAUAGCUGUAGUAUGAAUCUGCAGGUAGCUAAAGCUAACCAACUAGGUUCAAUGUUAGCUAGCUAGCUAACAUUAGGCUAUAACUAGCAAUCCAAAUGGAUUUCUGAUUUGAAUAAUAUUACUACACAGGUCAUACAUGUAACGAUAGCAGGGAGCCAGCAAGCUAAUGUUUGCUAGCUAGCGAACAGUACGCUUUAACUUGCAAUGAAAUGACUUUCUGACAAAAUUAGAAACGUAUAAUAUCUGAAAAUGUAACUAGACUCUUUCCCGUAUACAUGGAUGAACGCUUCAUGGCAGACUGGAACCAUUUAACUGUUUUAUUUAACUUGUUUGUUCAGCGUUGUGUCAAGACACUCUGGUUCACACUGACCAUGGCGUGUGCAAAAAGUAGCCCAUCACAACUUUUUCCAACUGAUCUGUCGAUAGCACCUUCUAAAUUCAGGGCAUCAAUGUUGUUGAGAAAAGUAGCACAACUUUUGUAGUUCUCGAUGGCUAAUGUUAUAUCUUUCAAAAAAGCCGCAGUAGAAAGGAUUAUCAACACAUACUGAGCAGCUCACGUUAUAGAUAGAAGCAUGCUACAUGGCAGACCAAUUCAAACUCAAAUCCCGGCAUGUCCAGCCCAUCCAUUGUCUUAGCCAAUCAUGGCUAGCGGGAAGAUUCCUGUCUUUUUCUGUGGCUAAACCAACUAGGCUCAUAAUUUACAUUUUUUGUUCGUAUUUACAGAUGGAAUACAAGUUUGUUAUUUAGGCACAUGAAAGUUCACAUGUUCCAGAUGGCAUUUCCACCCAAAAACGCAUUUUGAUUAAAAAAUGUAGUUUAAAUGCCUCUCCUGUGAAGUAGUGACGUGCGACAUAUGCCUAGCUUCCUGAAACGGGUCACAAAUGGUCACACACAUACACACACACACAUACACACACACACACAUACACACACACACACACACACACACAGAUGACUGCACAUCCAUAUUUGUAAUGCAUGACCAACAGUGAACAACUCAUCUGUCAUUUUUUCAUUCCUCAUCUCUGUUUCAUUUCAGAUUCUCACUGUAACAGUGUCCCCAUAUCACGUCACCCCUCCAUCCCUCCUUCCACCACUUCAUCCCACGGACACCAGUCUUCCAUCAGCUGUCCCAGCCUGCAGCGGUCAGCGGACACACAGACACAGACAGGUAGGCAGACAGACAGACAGACAGGGAGAGUUUCACUGGAUCCACAUACUGUUCUUGUCAUAUCAUGUCCAGACAUUGAAGUGUUUUGUUCCCUCAUACCUCUUCCUGUAUCCCUGUCCUCUCUUCUCUCUGUCCUCUCUUCUUCUCUCUGUCCUCUCUUCUUCUCUCUGUCCUCUCCUUUCUCUCUGUCCUCAUCUGUAUUUCUCCUCCGUACCUCCAGGCCUCUAUAGUGGACCAUUGUCCAGUUCCCUCCCCACCCCUCAUCAGCCCCAGUCCCAUCCCCAUCCCCAUCCCCUCUACCACCCCGACCUCUCCUCUCAGAGAGCCCCCCUGCCCUUUGACCCCCAGACUGCAACCCUGCGACCCCGUUACCAUGGAAGCAGGCCCGGGGCCUUCUCCCUGGCAGAGGUUCACCAGGAGCUGCAGAUGUUACAGAGACAGCUGGGAGAUACUGAGCGUGCGUCACUCUGCACCCAUGUGUGUGUAGCAUGGAGUGACUAAAUUAGUCUCUCUUUAAACACAUCACGUAAUUACAUGAGGUUAUACGCUCUAAAAUGGACCCUGUAUUAGUAAUAGUGUAAUUUGGCAUGGGGAUACUAGUAGUUGAAAUGGCAAUAUGAACACAGGAUUUAAGGUCCAGAUACAUUGAUUAGCUCACAUAAGUUUGCAUUGAUUACCUGUAUGUACACUAAGUGAGUUUCAUAUUCAAAGCUCUGAACUCUGUCUCCUGGCAGUAAUCUCCUUCUCCAGACUAGCAUGCUAACCCACCGCCCAUCAGGUUUUUCCUCUGAAAUCUAUCCUGUCAGUAAUGUCCUCCUCCAGACUAGCAUGCUAACCCACCGCCCAUCAGAUUCUUCCUCUGAAAUCUGUCCUGGCAGUAAUGUCCUCUUCCAGACUAGCAUGCUAACCCACCACCCAUCAGGUUGUUCCUCUGAACUCUGUCGCCUGGCAGUAAUGUCAAGCGGACUGCACGUGUAAUGUCCUGUUGAGAUCCAGACUAGCGUGAUUAAAUGUGUGAGUGUGCGUGCUAACUUGUGCGUGCUAACCGACCACUCAUCUCGCUCUUCAUCUGAAUGGGGUAGGACGUGUGACAGUGCUGUCUCUAGGCUCUCGGAACAUGGAGGGAAGAGAGAAGGAGAGGGAGGAAAGAGAGGGGGGAAAGAGAGGGAGGAAAGCGAGAGAGGAAAGAGAGAGAGGGAAGAGAGGGGGGGAAGAGAGAGGGGAGAGGGAAGAGAGAGAGGGGAGAGAGGGAGGGGAGAGAGGGAGGGGAGAGAGGGAGGGAAGAGAGGGAGGGAAGAGGGAAGAGCGAGAGGGAAGAGCAAGGCUGUGUUAGUGUUCUGACUCUCUGUUGAGGCUGUGUUAGUGUUCUGACUCUCUCUGACUCUCUGACUCAUCUAUCUCACAACAAGCUGCCUGGCACGCUAACAUUGGGUUUUUCUCUAUUUCUUACUGCAGGUUUUGCCGUUCCUUCAGCCAAGCCGUUUGGUGGCUUCCCCAUAUCGGCUCACCCCCACCCCCAACCCCAGACAGACCCCUCCAGUUACCUGCCCCAGCCUCUGUCCUACCACACCUUCCACCCCGCUGGUCUGAACGCUAGCCUCAACGCUAGCCCUGCCAUGAAGGCAGGCGCCAGUCUCCUGGAGAGUAGUGCAAUGUGGGACAUGGCCUACGGUGCUCGGUCAGUGAGAGUUGGCGCUGCUGAUUUGUCAUCAGGGUCGUCAGGGUACCAAUCUGGUACCAGCCAUACAGGUGUGUGUAUGUUUGAGUUUUAAUGAGAUUAUAUGUGUGUGUAUGUGUGUGUGUCCUACCUGUAAUGAGUUUACAGAUCGUACCACGCAUAUCCCAGAUGAUAUGCAUAAUACAUGUACAUAUUACCUCAAUUACCUCGACUAACCGGUGCCCCCGCACAUUGACUCUGUGCCGGUACCCUCUGUAUAUAGCCUCCCUACUGUUCUUACAUCGACUAACACAUUGACUCUGUACCGGUACCCCCUGUAUAUAGCCUCCCUAUUGUUAUUUUACUACUUGUGUCAUGCACAAAGUAGAUGUCCUAACCGACUUGCCAAAACAAAAAAAUGAUGUCAUGGCUUUAGAAGCUUCUGAUAGGCUAAUUGAAAUCAUUUGAGUCAAUUUGAGGUGUACCUGUGGAUAUAUUUCAAGGCCUACCUUCAAACUCAGUGCCUCUUUGGUUGACAUCAUUGGAAAACCAAAAGAAAUCAGCCAAGAUCUCAGAAAAAAAAUUGUAGACCUCCACAAGUCUAGUUCAUCCUUGGGAGCAAUUUCCAAACGCCUGAAGGUACCACAUUAAUCUUUACAAACAAUAGUACGCAAGUAUAAACACCAUGGGACCACUUAGCCGUCAUACCGCUCAGGAAGGAGACGGACGCAUUCUGUCUCCUAGAGAUGAACGUACUUUGGUGCGAAAAGUGCAAAUCAAUCCCAGAACAACAGCAAAGGACCUUGUGAAGAUGCUGGAGGAAACAGGUACAAAAGUAUCUAUAUCCACAGUAAAACGAGUCCUAUAUCGACAUAACCUGAAAGGCCGCUCAGCAAGGAAGAAGUCACUGCUCCAAAACCGCUAUAAAAAAGCCAGACUACGUUUUGCAACUGCACAUGGGGACAAAGAUCGUACUUUUGGGAGAAAUGUCCUCUGGUCUGAUGAAACAAAAAUAGAACUGUUUGGCCAUAAUGACCAUCGUUAUGUUUGGAGGAAAAAGGGGGUGCUUGCAAGCCGAACAACACCAUCCCAACCGUGAAGCACGGGGGUGGCAGCAUCAUGCUGUGGGGGUGCUUUGCUGCAGGAGGGACUGGUGCACUUCACAAAAUAGAUGGCAUCAUGAGGAAGGAAAAUUAUGUGGAUAUAUUGAAGCAACAUCUCAAGACAUCAGUCAGGAAGUUAAAGCUUGGUCGCAAAUGGGUCUUCCAAAUGGACAAUAAUCCCAAGCAUACUUCCAAAGUUAUGGCUUAAGGACAGCAAAGUCAAGGUAUUGGAGUGGCCAUCACUAAGCCCUGACCUCAAUCCUAUAGAAAAUGUGUGGGCAGAACUGAAAAAGCGUGUGCGAGCAAGGAGGCCUACAAACCUGACUCAGUUACACCAGCUCUGUCAGGAGGAAUGGGCCAAAAUUCACCCAUUUUAUUGUGGGAAGCUUGUGGAAGGCUACCCGAAACGUUUGACCCAAGUUAAACAUUUUAAGGCAAUGCUAUCAAAUACUAAUUGAGUGUAUGUAAACUUCUGACCCACUGGGAAUGUGAUGAAAGAAAUAAAAGCUGAAAUAAUUAAUUCUCUCCACUAUUAUUCUGACAUUUUAUAUUCUUAAUAUAAAUUGGUGAUCCUAACUGACCUAAGACAGGGAAUUCUUACUAGGAUUAAAUGUCAGGAAUUGUGAAAAACUGAGUUUAAAUGUAUUUGGCUAAGUUGUGUGUAAACUUCUGACUUCAACUGUAUUUUAUACACGUUUUUUUAUGUUGUGAAAUGUAAACAGUAUUUUGAUGUGUACGCUGUGUGUUCCUGUGCAGGUUCUGACCUGAUGAACGAGCACCUGAGAGAGAUCAGGAGUCUACGUCAACGCCUGGAGGAUUCCAUUCAGACCAACGACCGCCUCCGACAGCAGCUGGAGGAUAGACUGGCCAACCAAGCCAGAGAUAAAGGUAUUAACUAGACCACCAUCACACCUGCUGUCUCAAACCAGGAACAUAUAUUCUACACACCCAAAUUGUCUACCUGUACUAAGUAAGUGUUGGCAGUCACUGUGUCAAAAGGCAUUAGUGAAAUGUACUGUUCCUCUUCCUCAUCUUCCUCCUCCUCAUCUUCCUCCUCCUCCUCCUCCUCCUCCUCCCCCCUCCUCCUCCUCCUUCUCUUCCUCAGGUGCUCCCACCAACAUCUACAUCCAGGGCUUGGACUCUGUCAGCCAGCUGUCCAGUGAGAUCCGAGUUCUGAAAGCGGAGAACCUCAGCCUGCAGGCCCGACUCCAACAGGCCAGCAGAGGUAACCAACCGCCUAGCUCCUAGUACUCUCAAUGCUGCCUAAUAUACUACCCAACACACUUCUGCUCUGUAGCUCAGAUGGUAGUGCAUCGCGCUUGCAAUACCAAUGGGUUUGAUUCCCAGGACCACCCAUACGUAAAAUGUAAGUCACUUUGGAUAAAAGCGUCUGCUAAAUGACAUACUGUAUAUUACACACACUGAGAAGAGAAUGAGGACUAUUGAGUCUCAUUAUAUUAUACAACGGGUGGGUCUAAUCCUGAAUGCUGAUUGGUUAAAACCGCAUUCCAGCCGGUGUCUAUUCCACAAGUUACCACCGGCUAAAGCUAUGACGUUAAAAUGCCUAUUUACUCUGUUCCAUCUGACUGCGCAAUCCACUGUUUCAUCAGCCCAGCCAGGCAAUUUAUAAACUUGAUCUCCACUAUAAAAAGCAUCUAGACAUCAUCUCACAUUUCCUUUAGACUAGCAUUUAGUUUUCAACAGCGGAGAUUUGUAUAAACUUUGCUGUCUGUCUCGCUGAUAACAUUGUUUUAAUAUUCAAAUUUGAUCUCCAGCUGUCGCAUAGUAAUGAACGGGUCGGGAGUCGGGAUGAGACAGACAGGCAGCUUUUCUCAGCCAGUCGAAAUCAUGAAUAUGCAUAAUUUUUAUGGAUAUUGUGAUGUCACGAGAGGCUGUGUCCUGGAGGGACGUUACAUCCCCCUGAGGUGGCUGCAAACCCAGACAGCUAUGGCUCCAUCUGCUGGUAUGGUCGGGAACUCCACCCCUCUAUGGCCAAUCUUCCCACGCAGCUGAAACAAAUGAGGAGCUGAUGAGCUGAAGGUUUUGUGAAGGGAAGAGACACACUGAGAGAGUGUGUGGGUGGUGAAGAAACACAGUCUCCAACCUGGGCUCUCUGGAGGACAAGAGUGCUGCACGUCCACUUCCAGGAGGAAUAUAAGGAUUUGGAGACACUUACCUUUGGGAAAUACUCACCUGUGGAUAUAUGCACCUGUGGAAAUACGUGAGAGACAUUUGGAAGGACUUUUUGCUGGGUUGGCCACUAGCUGCAACGUGGACUACAGUAAGGCUGGGGAAAAGUUAUCUGAGCGAGUGAGAAUUAUGAUUUUGGAUGUGGAAGAGACAUCCCUGAACUGUUAACCCUUAAAGAGCCACAAGAGAACAGACUUUUGUUAUAUUUUCGUUAAUUUCCCAAGACCUAUAAUAAAAUCCUUGGUUUGUUUGAACCUUGUCUCCUUGCACUACUUGAGCAACCCCGCUGAAAGCUGUGUAGCCUCUCGUGACGUCACAGAUGGUGGAGAACACGGGCAAGCUCAAGCGUUAAUAGUGCAUGUCAGAGGAGGAUACCGAAGGUUUGAUCACCCAGUUUUCCAAGUUGGCCGUAGGCUCCCCGCCGACUGAAAUGGAGGACAUGUUGAAAGCCCUUGUUGCUGGCCAGCAAGCCCAGAUGCAAGCAAACGUGGCUCUCUGGGAGGAGCAAAAGAAAGCCAACCUUCUGAAGGCAGAGGAAUUGCAGUUGCAGAGACAGAGGGUUGUCCAAAAUACCCGCCCAAUAAAGGCAAGUGACUUUAUAUCUAAGAUGGGAGCUACCGAUGACAUUGAGGCAUACCUGCAUGCAUUUGAGGCCACGGCCACUAGGGAAGCCUGGCCCAAGCAACAGUGGGUUGGUCUGUUAGCCCCCUUUCUAACUGGGGAAUCGCUGAAUGCUGUCCGGGACCUGGGCCCUGACCAGGUUACUGACUAUGAUGCCCUGAAGUCUGAGAUCCUCAGCAGAUAUGGACUCACAAAGUUUGGUAUGGCCCAGCGCUUUCACAGCUGGACCUUCCAACCAGACCAACCUCCUCGGGCGCAGAUGCAUGAACUUGUCCGAAUCGCAAGGAAAUGGCUGGAUCCGCAGAGGAAUACAGCAGCGGCGGUGGUGGAGGCCGUUGUGGUGGAUCGUUACCUACGCGCCCUGCCUUAUGAGGCAAAACGGUUCAUCAGUCAACAGGCCUUGACCACGGCGGAUCUGACCGUGGAAGCUGUGGAAAAGUACCAGGCCACAGCGGAGAUGCUGAAUGCUUCCCGAAAGGACCCCAAGGUCUCGAACCCAGCCACGUCAGGACUUAUCCCGGCUCCAGGGGGAGCCAGAAACCAGGCGGGUCCAAGAAGAGUACACCAGGAGGGGGAAACUCGACAGUGUUACCGGUGUGGGGAGAUGGGACAUAUCUCCUGGCAGUGUGGGAAACCAGCCGAUGAACCUAUGCCCACUGCGGAGUCCUCCAGCUCAGCACCCACACACCGUGUUGCCUCGCUCUUGGGAGUCGUAGAUGGCGGCCCAGAUCGACCCCCCACCUGCCCGGUAACUGUGAAUCACCAUGAUGUGGAGGCCUUACUGGAUUCUGGUAGCCGGGCCACCCUGGUGCGUAAGGAUUUGGUGGGCCCAACGUGUCUGACCCCGGGGAAAGUCCUCCCAGUUUCCUGUGUCCAUGGGGACACCAGAGAAUACCCCAUUACUGAACUUACAAUGACCAGCACACUGGGAACCAUACACACGACGGCGGGGGUGGUUGAUUCCCUCCCCGUCCCUGUCCUAAUUGGACGAGACUGCCCAGCCUUUUACCCACUCUGGAGAGAGUCUCAGGAGAGGAUAACCCGAGUACCUCGGAAACGGAGAGGCUCUGAUAGGGAUGGCAGGUGCCCAGACCGACACAGAGACUGGUCCGGAUACGGGAGAAGAGAACGCAGCCCAGGAAAGUGCUCCGUUCUCCAGGGAAGAAGACGUCCCAGGCACCCAAGAGCUUCCCCCUCUCACAGGCCAGUAUGGGCUGGCAAGCACCACGGCAAUGCGGACGCCCUCUCCCGGCGUGAUGCCUUCUUCGCUGCCUUUACCCCGACGAGGACGUCGGUCCCGAGGAGGGGGAUGUGUGAUGUCACGAGAGGCUGUGUCCUGGAGGGACGUUACAUCCCCCUGAGGUGGCUGCAAACCCAGACAGCUAUGGCUCCAUCUGCUGGUAUGGUCGGGAACUCCACCCCUCUAUGGCCAAUCUUCCCACGCAGCUGAAACAAAUGAGGAGCUGAUGAGCUGAAGGUUUUGUGAAGGGAAGAGACACACUGAGAGAGUGUGUGGGUGGUGAAGAAACACAGUCUCCAACCUGGGCUCUCUGGAGGACAAGAGUGCUGCACGUCCACUUCCAGGAGGAAUAUAAGGAUUUGGAGACACUUACCUUUGGGAAAUACUCACCUGUGGAUAUAUGCACCUGUGGAAAUACGUGAGAGACAUUUGGAAGGACUUUUUGCUGGGUUGGCCACUAGCUGCAAUGUGGACUACAGUAAGGCUGGGGAAAAGUUAUCUGAGCGAGUGAGAAUUAUGAUUUUGGAUGUGGAAGAGACAUCCCUGAACUGUUAACCCUUAAAGAGCCACAAGAGAACAGACUUUUGUUAUAUUUUCGUUAAUUUCCCAAGACCUAUAAUAAAAUCCUUGGUUUGUUUGAACCUUGUCUCCUUGCACUACUUGAGCAACCCCGCUGAAAGCUGUGUAGCCUCUCGUGACGUCACAAUAUAUACAAAUAAAUAUAAAUAUAAUAAUAAUGCAGCUAGUUUGCAGUCUUUCCAGCUUCAGUUUGAAGUGAUUGUGUUAGCUGUGUUGUUGGCUAGCUCCUCUGAACAACAGUGUCCUGACGAGAGACCGCACAUUUUCUAUUCCAGGUGAAAUCGCGGAUCAUUAGCUCAUUGUUCUGGAUGGAUCCAAAUAAAUGUCACUAGAAAACAGCUUAAGCGAGGCCACACUGUUUGACGUGACUGUAAGUUAGCCCUAGUUGGCUAGCUAGCAAGCAAGGGAUAAGAACGUUGCCAGCCAGUAUGGCAAUAGAACAUUUAGAACGAACGACUGGAUACAGAACAAAAAUACUUAAUGACUGGGUAGCGUCUCUGGCAACCGAACCGAAAGAACGAACAACCAGCAAGCUUGGGUAGCAACCCUAGAUUUGUGUCGGGACUAUAUCUUGUGGAAGCAUGAAAUAGUAUGAAUAAUUUCAUCAAACAAUUUUUUUGUUGGUAACCGUUGUAUAAAAGUGAUAAUGCCCUCGAAGCCGGUGUUUGGAGGAUAUAUUGGCACAGUUUGCCGGCCCGAGACAAACAACACCCGUGCCAAUAUAUCCUCCAAACUCCAGCUUCUCGGGCAUUAUCACGUAACCAAAUUAUUCCUAGUCAUUUCUGUCUUUAUCUGAGUUCCUCUGUACUCUUCCCCAGAAGGCAGUAAGGAGGUAGAGCAGCUGCGGGAGGCGGUGCUGUUGGGGCGUGCCCGUGUGAAGGAGGCGGAGUUAGAGACAGAGCGGUGGGCGGAGCAGGGCAGGAGGCUGCAGACGCAGACAAAGGCUCAGACCCUGGAGAUCACUCAGCUGAAACAGGACAGGCAGAGCAACCAGGAGGCCAUCAACAGGUAGGAGGAGUGUCUGUGUGUGUCUGUGUUCAUGCAUGCGUGCGUGUGUGUGCAUCUCUGUUGUGUGAUUAUUGUUUUGUUACAUGUGUGGAACUGUGUUGUGUGUGUGUGUGUCUAGGUUGCAGCACGAUGUGAAUGUCCUGCAGCAGCAGUUGUGUGAGAGCCGUGGCCUGGCCCACUCUCUACAGUAUGACCUCCAGAUAUACCACAGAGUGUGUGGUGUCCCCAAGAACACACACACAGGUGAGGGGUCACACUCAUGGGAGUCUGCGCCCUUUGACCACAGGGACCUGCAUGUUCAGCUGGGGCAGCAGUUGACUUCUGGGACACGCCCUCCUGGAGCCAGGAUACAGCUCUUCCACGGUGAGAGAGCGCCACACUGGAAAGCAUUCUGGGAUAGGGUUAACAUGUUACCACUGAUUGAACCACAUUUAUACUGACACAGAACUUAAGUAAGAAUGUGUCUGAAAUUGCACUGUAUUCCCUAUGGACUCCCAAGUGGCGCAGCGGUCUAAGGCACUGCAUCUCAGUGCUUGAGGCGUCACUACAGACCCCCUGGUUCGAUUCCAGGCUGUAUCACAACCGGUCGUGAUUGGGAGUCCCAUAGGUCCAGCGUCGUCCGGGUUUGGCCGGUGUAGGCCGUCAUUGUAAAUAAGAAUUUGUUCUUAACUGACUUGCCUAGUUAAAUAAAAUAAAAAUAUAGUGCACUACUUUUGCCCAGAGCCUUGGACAAAAGUUGUGCACUUUAUAGGGAAUAGGACACCAUGCCAUUUGAGAUUGACCCGUAUCUAACACUCAUUCCCAAUCUUCCUCUCCUGCUCACAGACCCUGCUCUCUCUCCCCCUGUCCGAGACACUGGACUCUUCAACCCUGCUUCCCCUCUCUCCCCCGCACUGGAACCCCAGGAGGUUGACUCUUCUCUGGAGGGCCAGGCUCCAGACGGCUCCUUCGCAAACCGUAAUGGCCGCCACGCUGUGGGCAACGUGGAUGACUUCAGCGCCCUGCAGCAGCAGAUCCUGGAGGGGCGUGUCCUCAUCGGCAAGAUGGAGGCUGCCCUCCAGGCCACCACCAACCACGCCCUGCUGGAGCUCAGCCUGGACAAGGUGAGAGGGGUCAGUUAGUCCAGGGGUUUUCAAACCUCUCCUCGGGGACCCCCAGCCGUUCCAUGUAUUUUAACUAUUCCACAGCCAGCACACUUGAUUCAACUUGUCAACUAAUCAUCAAGCCAUUGACUUGGUGAAUCAGGUGAGCUAGUUCAAGGCUACAACAAAAUUGUGAAACCGAGGAAAGGGUUAAAAACCACUGAGUUAGAGGUUAGAGGAUUCACAGACACCUUACAGAGGAGUUAAUGAUGCUCGACAGUAACUUUUAGAUCCUUGGUUUAAAUUAAACUCAUGCUUCAUCCUAGUAGUGUGGCAUACAGUAUAGCUAGUUGAGCUGAAAAUAUGUUCAACUUUUGUAUUGUUUACCUGUGUUUUAGUUAGAUUAGUUUAGUCUAACUGUCUCUGUGGAUCUCUCUCUCUCCGUGUGCCAGCCUGUGGACCCUGGCUGUGUGAGGCGUCUGUUGACUAGCACUAAGACCCUGAGGCAGAUCCUUGAGGAUGCCAGCUCCCUGCUCAGAAUGUUCUGGAGGGCAGCACUGCCCAGUAGUGAGGGGUCUACUCAGAGCACCAAGAAGGUCAGAAUCCCAUACUCUUUGUUUGUUUGUAAGAGUUAAAUGAAGGGUAUUUUCUUAUGCUGUUAUCGUGUUGUGUGUGUGUGAAUUCACCUAUCAUGUUUGAGAGUGUAUGUAUGCUUUAGUGGUGACUUUUUAAAUGAAUUUGUCACUAGGUGGACUUUCUGAAGUGUGACGGUGUGUUUUAUCUGUCUGUGUGUGUGUCCAGGAGCUGUCUCUAAAGGAGGUCCACUCGAUGCAUCAGCGGAUCUCGGAGCAGGAGGAGGCUUUAAAGGACGCCAUGGAGAGACUGAAGAGCUCCAACCGCACCAAAGACAGCAUGGAACACUUCAUCGUCAGUCAACGUAAGUGACUCCUAUCACUCUCCUCCUCUUGGUCCUAAAUAUAUUUUCUCCUUUAUUUACCUCUCCCCUCCUUCCCUUCCCUGCUCUGUGUUCUUCUUUCUCUCCCCCUGUCCUGUCUUCUCCUUAUAUGCCCAGUCAUGUAUCUUCCCUUUUGUUCAUUCCUUUGUUCAUAAUUUCUCCCCCUCAUUCCUCCCCUCUCUGUAACUCCCAUACUGCACACUGAUGCUGUGGUGACACCUGGGGUUAUGUAAGGACUGAAGGAGCAGAGCAAGGCCUUUUCCUUUCUGUCUCUCUCUGUGUGUGUGUGUGUGUGUCCCUCAGCACAGAUUGUGUGAGGGCCUUGGGAAUUAAUGACUCACUUUUGUGUUUGUAUGUGUGUUGAAGUGAUGGGUGAUAGUCACAGAUGAAUCACAACGGUUUUGUUUCUGAUUGUUUACAGUGUCAAGAACAAAGGAUGUCUUGAAGAAGGCACGGACAAACUUAGAGGUGAGCUCACCCUUUUUACAGGAUCUGACUUAUCUGACUCACACCCUCUAUAAGUCACACCCUCUUAAUGCUGUUAUUCUACUUCUUGAGAAAAAUCCCUGUUAGGUAUUCCAUCUGCUCUCCCCCUUUCUCCAUCUCACCCGGCCUCCUCUCUCACAUGUGCUCUCUCCAUCUACCUCUAUUUCGCUCCCUCUCUCGCUCUUCCUUGAGUUAUUCCAGGAGAACGAGCAGAGAAUGUCCUCCCUUGGCCUCACUUCUUUCCCCACCCCCUCUUCCUCCCAUCACUGGGUUGGUAAA